GCAGAAGUGCACUCCGUAAAAGUGCACGGGAAUGUUGCUGGGAUUUCAUUACACUGCGUGAGUUAGUCCCGGUUCAUGUGAGUUUAAGGGCUCCUUCGGGUUUUCCCGUAUAAGGAGGAGGGGGGCUGCAUACGUCGGAGAUUUUCGGAGUCAUUUUAAUGCGGAACACAGCCCCGGUGUACGCUCGGCGGCUGCAGCAGCAGCAGCAGCAGCACACACACAGGCGGGGAAAACACGGAAGGGGGGAGGCGGAAAGAGCGAGGGGGCAAAGACAUACCGAGUGAGCAGCCGGGACGCGCCUGUUGGCAGGAUGCCGUGGUCCCUGGACCUGCUCCCUCUGCCUCCCUGUGUGGAAUUGGGUGGGCCUCCCCUGAGUGGCCUUCUGUGGACUCUGCUGCUGCUCUUUCUCUGGUAUUGCUACCGUGUGGGUGCCGACCCUCCGUCCUGCUCAUCUGGUUCGGCUCACUCUGCGAUAUCUCGCUCCUCCAGCUGCUCUCCAGUCGACGCUGGUCAUUCCACCCCCAAACCUUCCCCUGCAAUUGCUGUGGGGAGCGAGGAAGAAGAAGAAGCAAAGAGUUACCUGAUGCCGGUGUUGAGCCAUGCACCAUUUCCUGCUCAGGCAGCAGCAGGAAGCAGGAAGUUAUACACAGCACUGCAGGAGUAUGCCAAGCGUUACAGUUGGGCUGGCAUGGGCCGCAUCCACAAGGGCUUGCGCAUCCAGACUAGGAUGAAUGAUCGCUCUUCCAUUCAGAAGCCCCAUCUCUUCUACCUUCCCGAUGUUCCCAGCAUCCCUUUCUUCCCUCGGGAUGCUCAUCGCCAUGAUAUAGAAAUCCUGGAGGCCAGUUAUCCCAUAAUUCUUGCUGAAUUCCAGGCUGUCUACCAGAGAGGCAUUGACACAAAGCUGGGGUGGACAUACCAAGGACCUAAGGGUCAGGCACUGUUCCCACUCUACAACGCUGGAGUGUGUGUGGCAAGUAAUUGUCGUGCGUGUCCAUGUACGUACCGUACGCUCCUCUCCCUCAGAACUUUCAUCAGCAGUAACUCACUUGGCUCAGCAGGAUUCUGGCUUUUAGGCCCUGGGGCCUCACUGGGGGGAACCUACGGGCCCACCAACACACGCCUCCGGUGCCAUCUGGGUCUCCAGACUCCUGCACAGUGUGAACUGGUGGUAGGGGGUGAGCCGCAGUGCUGGUCUGAGGGACACUGCCUCCUGGUGGACGACUCUUUCCUGCACACUAUCUCGCAUAAUGGUGGCGCUGAAGAUGGUCCAAGGAUCAUUUUUAGUGUGGAUCUGUGGCACCCGAAUGUUGCCGCAGCAGAAAGACAGGCUCUGGACUUCAUCUUCAGUCCUGAACAGUAAUCAGCUACAUAUCUCUGAGUUCACCAGUUACACACGAAAUAUGCAGAGAUGGAGCCUAACGUCAUCUCAUUCAGUUUCAGCUGAUCUCUUCUCUAAAACUACCAAAAAGAAAUAUGGAGACAAAUCUGACGUAUCUUACCAUUAUGUAAUACGUUGACUGUAUGUAACUGCAUUGUAUUCGCCCCCGAAAUGUACUGAAAAACAAAAGUUUGUCUUCCCUCUAAGACCAAGCACACAUUUCUCUCCGACUAAGCCUCUCUCUAGAGCUCUGUAUCUAACGCUCUCACAAAAAACUGUGAACAUUAGACAAGCUCCAAUUUUCAAUAUCUUCAUAUCUCUUUUUGCUUUGUGCCUGUCUUGAUAACUCCGAUCUCCUGUUGUAUCAUUUUGUGCCUGAUUUGUUAACUUGAUCGUGACCUUUUUUCUGAUAUAUACUGUGAUUCAAGCUAUUCUGUCAGUACUGUAUGUACAUUAUACUUAUGUCUGUACUGAAGACCUUGUUUUAUCAUAUGGAUUUUUAUUUUCGUGAUGAAUUUUAUUUUCAGACACAUUCUGUGAAGCACACAGCAAGAAAGAAAAAAGUAUUUGAUCCGACUGCAUGCAUGUGUUGUGAAGCUUGACUGUACAGCCAGUGUGAUGCAUCGGACCCAUCUCCCUUGCAGAGCAAACAUGUAAUCCACUAAAGGUGUAUUCUUCAAAUAAAGAUUUUUUGUCAAAGCGAAA